GCUUUGGAAAGCUCCUAUCUUCAUUGAAUUCACACCACUUGCCCCUCUUUAAAGCUUUCCCAUAAAGGCUCUUACCUGCACAACUUUGCAUUCGCAAGGAUGUCUCUCACCCGAUCUUCUAUAUAAUGUCUCUCAUUCUAUAAUCUGUGAGGUCAUAGCAUAGGUGUUCUUAGUCUCAAUUUUUAAUCUCUCCCCCGUUUCUUUUCCUUCUUUUGAAAGUAUCAUAAAUAUCAUAGAAUGAGAACUAUCUCCAUUCUCAUCAUUUUCCUUUUCCUUUCAUGGCUAACAUGUGCUACGAGCUGGGGUUCUGACAACGGGGACACUUAUGUUCGAGAAGCAUGCAGUGUGACUAGAUAUCAUGACCUUUGCAUGCACUCACUAGCAUCCUUUUCGCACACUGCUGGGAGAAGUCCCAGCAAGUGGGCACGAGCUGGGGUUUCGGUGACAAUAGGCGAGGCUAAGAAUGCUAGUCAGUAUCUGAAUAAAUUGAAGAAAGAUGGAAUCAUGAGAGGCAGAAACAGGAUUGCCCUUUCAGAUUGUAUCGAAUGCUUCCAAGACGCGAUGGACAAUCUUCACAGAUCACUUGGCAUACUCAGAAAGCUUGACGCAACAAACUUCGAUACACAGAUGGGGGACCUAACUACAUGGUUGAGUGCUGCACUCACAGAUGAAGACACUUGCUUGGAUGGUUUUGAAGAUCAAAGCAGCAAACAAGUUAACAUGCUUCAGAAUCAGGUUACAAGAGUCACUUAUAUCACCAGUAAUGCACUGGCUCUUGUUAACAAACUUGCAGCCGCUGGCUUGGGAAGCCUAAAUGGUCCGUAGUCAUGUCAUAUCAGCAGGGAACUGGGUCAUAAAUCAGAAUAUAAAUGGAAUAAUCUAGCCUAUCAAAGCUAAAAUACAUCUAUCCCUUGUUUAAUUGGUUGUCAUGGCUACCUAUGUAUCUUCGGUUUCUCUGCUGGUAUAUAGCUACUGCGUUAAAACUUGGGCUCAAGCGAUGCGUGUUGGCUUCUUGAGUCAGAAAAUAAAAGCAGGGAAGCAACUGUGGUUUCAUAAGUUCUUGUAAAUUAUUUCUGCU